GUUCCUGUUCAGCAGAGAAAACCAGAGAGCAGCAGAGCGACCUAACACACCUUUUUUGUAUGAAUCUGCUGGUAGAUUUGGACUCCUCCUCAUUCACUCUGACUUGUACUGAAGUAGCUGCAGACCGUCAGCAGGCACCUUGUGAGUUUCUAAGAAGUGUCCAGGCUGCUGUUUUCUCCCCGCUUGACUCGGCCAAGUGUCUGCUGUUGUCGGACCGCUCGUUUCUCCAAUAAGAUGCCAUGGUAAGCUCUGUUCUUCUAAUGUGGGGAUACAGUAACAUGGAGACCCUCACUGACUGUGAAAUGGUAUCUGCAUUCUCGGCAUUCUUACUGGGCUUGAUCAACAGUGAAACACAGGCGGCUCUAAAGCUAGGGUUAAAGAAGACAGAGCUGGAUUUUCCGCUGCUUUAGAAGCUGAUGGGCUUCCAGAGUAUGAGUUAUGGCUUGAGAUCAUCUCUCACAGGUGGUGAAAGGUUUCACAAUGGUACCUCAAAUGUAACACCCGCAAAUGGAGCCAGCGACACAGCUCAAUAAAUACAUUUACUGUCCUCAGUGCUUUGAAAGCUAUUGCUUUUUGAGAGUGAAGUGCUGUGGAUGCACUUGACUGCUUGUUGGAGCUUCUGUGGGUAAGAUGAGGCUGGUGUCAGAUUUUACUUUAUGUGUUAUAUAACAGUAAAGGCUUCAUAUUGAUAUCUUUAAAAACGUGUUGUGUUGAUUAAACUGGGUUUUUAGCUGUUGUGAUUGGCAAGCUUUGAAAGAGCGAAGUUCUCUGCUACUGUGUGAAAUGAAUUUGUGUGACUUUCCUGUGCUUUUGUUCGUGCGUUGUUGCACAUAUGCAGCCUGAAGAAACCAGAAAAUAAAAAAAUAUUUUAUUUCCAAUUUAAAGAAAAUAUAGGUUGUCAAAGUCAUUAAAGAUAGUUUGCCUUUACUUUAACAAAAGUAAAGUUUGCUCAUAAUUAUUCAUAAUAAUCUGAAUAUCUUAAAUAUUCCAAAUAGCAGAUGCCUGCAUUGAGAGAAACACCAUUUAUCUCUUUGUUCAUGUAAAAUUAUCUGAAUGUCACUUUUUAAUUCUGCACAAUUUCACUACUCUAUCAUUAAAUUCAGAUGUAAACUUUCCGUGGUGACUGUUCCAGUUGCGUCUCAGUUGUUCAUGUGAUAGGAUGUUUUGUCUAUCUGUGUGUGAGUGUGUGUGUGUUGUACUUGUGCAUAGCGGAGUGUGCGAGCGAGCGAACGUUUGGAUCCCUCCUCCCCGGUGCUCCGCCGGCCCCUCUGUCACUUUAAGUCCUGCCCCUCGGAGCCAGCCAACAGCAGCUGUUCCAUAUUCAUCAAGCCCUUGAGUCUUAAAGAGCCCUAUCCCGACCAUGGAAAGAGUCAUUCCUCUCGCUCGCGCUCUCAUGCUCUCUCCAUCUUAGCGCUCAUCCUGCUGCUGCUGCUGCUGCCUGCGCUUCUCUCUCCCUCUCUACUCUCUCUCUUUCACCCCCCCUUUACCUCCCUGUCUAUCUGUCCCUCCCCUCCUCUCUCUCUCUCCCUCUCUCUCUUUCUCUCUGACACACACUCAGACACACACUCUUUCUCUCCCCAACACAUAUAUACAUAAACACACACAUGCUCACACACACGCGCGCACCCACUCAAUCCAUCAGAGCCCAACAUACCUGUGCAGGCUGGGGGGAACGGUGCUGGAGGGGCUUUUCGGCGGCGUUGUCUCUGAGGGUGCUGCGCUAUCAUUUGGGGGAAGAAGCGGGUCUCAGUUGUUUCCUCUUUCCUCUUCCUCUCACUCCUGGAAUGCUAAAACUGGACUGAUGGACAUUUCAGAACUUUGUCUUCCAGACCCUCUCAGCUAUCAUAACCAGUAGGUGUACCUUGUUUCUGUCACUUUUUAACCCCACUCUUUUGUUGCGUUUUUAUUCUCUCACUCUGGUUUAAAUACCUCUCCUUUUUGUAUCAGUGCUUGCUCUAGUUUUGUAGUUCUGUUUCUUCUGCCCCACUCGCCUCACUGCUGAACUUUUUCUCUCUUUUUAUGCGGUAAUAUACUUUGCAAGCUUUUCUCUUCAUGUACCCUCUCACACCUACUCACACUCUUAAACAUGCACUUUCUCUUGUUCAUUGUUUUAAGGGCUCUUAAAUCAUGCAGGACUUGACAGCAUAGAGCAACAGGGCAGGUGCAACUGUGAAACGUGUGUGCAUGUGUGUGUAGAUUUAUUGUGGGCGCACAUGUAUGCCAGUCUUUUCAAAUUUCUCUCAGAGCAUGGCUGAUUGAUUUAGCUCGCCCCUCUGCAAAGUGAGUGUAUUCUCUCGAAAGAAGUUGGGGUACCUGUCCAGUCGGGUUAGGAGGUUGUUUGCUGAUGGCUUUGUUCCUAGAUCCGACCACACAGAAAGAAUGUGAAUGAUAUUUUGAGGAAGAUGAGAUUAAUGGGAUUCAGGGGAAUCAGGGAGGAUAAAUUACACACUGUAAUAUUUGUAGCCAGAGAAAGACUGAUGAAAGGACCCGGUAACCUCAGUGAUCUGGCAGCUCUGUCCCAGGCAGCGGCACAUGAGGUGAGCUGCUGCCUCAACAGUCUGACUGCUGGGAAAGUCUUUGCCCAGCACACGCUCUAACUUUCUAAAUCUAUCCAUAACUUGUAUUUUACAAUUCAAAAACAACCUUAAGUUAAGCUAAAUAUAUAUAUUUUUCUCCUUUUUUUAGUUGAAAUUGUUUAAUUGUUUGAAACAGGAAUGUAAUUCCUCUAUACCUCCCUUUAACUGUCUGAAAAACACACUCCAAAGCAUUAAUCUAAAACUGUGUUCAAAUUUGUACAUACAUUUCGAACCAAACUUUUUUUUUUCAAAGAUUUUACUGAUAAAGUAGUGUACACACAAAAGUGGUAAAACACUAAAUAGAAAUUUUAUGACAUUUUAAUAAUCUGUCAAAACCACAACCUUAGUGGUUAAAAAGUAUGUAUAUGUUAUUCUUUUUCUGAAAAACUCUGUAUUUAAUUUGUACAUUUGUAUUUUUUUGUGAUGGUGUUCUCGUGACUUAACUUUUUAAGAACAAUUUUUCAAUAAUACCAUCAGUCGUUAGAUUUUUAAGUGAUACGUGAAGUCAAAACACACAACAGAAAUAACCUGAUGCCAUGUUACAAAGCUGACUUAUUACUUAAAUUUGACCUUUUUUUAAAUAGAGAAAGACCUUACUCCAGAAAAUUUUAUCUUGAUAAAUUUAAACAUGUCAUUUUAGGAAACAGGCACAGCCUCUAAUAUGAUCUAAUACUCAAACAGUAAUUUUGAUUUCCCUUUUACACUUAAGUGUCUUUCUAUCAUUAAUACACCUUUAUACAAAAUUACAAAACCAGCAGUAAAAGAGUGAAUAUUUCUUUAACACAUCAGGUAUCACACACACGUUUUUCUUAAUAUUCUUCAUUUUAAUAUUCUUUAAAAGAGUUUUUUGAAUUGAAGGAUACGACUACAGUAAUUUACAUUUACACCAGCUCAACAAAUCAAAUAUUUACAUUCAAAAUUGUUAAGUUUAAAAAUACAUGAUACAGAUAUUCACACUUUCCAUUUGGUUGAAGUGUUCCUAUGAAUGCUGUGUAUUAAACAUUUUGAGUGAAAUUUGUGUUAUACAUAAAGGCUACAAAUAUACGUAAUUAUGCUGUAAAUUGUGUCUUAAAAUAAUAUGAUUUCACUCUUUUAUUUGUUAAUGUCUCUGUCAGUGACUUGACAAAAUUAAAAGCUAUUUUUUACACUGCAACAUGAGGAUUCAUUUAUAAUUUUAAAGCAACAACUUUCUUAGUGUUGCAAGAAAAGUAUUUUAAAGCAGUGUAUUGCAGUAAAUUAGUUUGCUAUAAAUAAUUUUUUUAUAAACCUAACUGUAGUUUAUUCAGAUUUUGCAAUAGAGUUACUGAUUUCGUGGUGUGGUACGCCGAUUUUGGCCAGGUUUUUACUGAAAUGAAUACAGGCAAUAUUAUAUGGCAGAUUGCACAGAAAAAGAGUUGCAUUUUGCCUUGUAUCUCAAUAAUACUAAGGUACUAUUGGAGCAUGCACAGGAGAAUAGCAGUGACAAAGCUUCUAAAAAAGCUGAGGGUAUAAAAGUUACUUUUGUGAUUUUCUGGAGAUGGAUUAUAAAAAGUUUGUUGUCACAAAAGAUUUCUACCAAAAAAUCUUACACAAGUAAAUAAGCAUUUCGCUAAUUACAUAUCAGUCCACCAAGUUUGAGCCUCUCCAGUAUCGGCCUGAGUGUGCUGUAUGUUAAUGUUCAGCAGUGGCUCUUCUGUUAAUUGUCGGCAGUAUUUGCAGCCCCUUACUGUGGGCUGGAUGUGGCGCUGAUGCUGGGUUGAGAGGAUUAGUGGGAUGUAUGUGCUCCAUGUAAUUAGCACAGCACUGUCGUGGAAUCACUGUAGUAACACACUCUAUAGAUUGACCCGAGGGGCCACUCUCUGGAAAGUAGACAGAAACAGAGCAGUGUGCAUUUGGAGGAAAGAGACACACACCUCCUGUCUCUUUGCAUAAAGAAGGUUUUGAGAAAGUUUCAUAGUUUUUUUAUAAUACAGCACACAGAGUCAAACACACAUUAGUUUUGAAAUUUAGCUUACGAAACUCAACCUGCUAUCCACUUUUGCUUGACUUGUUCCAGUCUAAAUACCGCUCGGCUCAUGCAGGGAGACAAGUCAUUUACUGUGGGAGUCUGACAGGCUUGUUGUUGAUCAUCUAUUGCAGAGUCAGUGCGCUCCACUCAGAAGGCAGCCAGUGCAGAGGAUUGUCAGUUUGAGUUCCCGGGUGCUCGCUAGAAAAACACACACAGAGUGUGAGCGGCGAUGAAUUGAGAUGUGACUUCUUUUUGUUUCUGAAUGUUCCAUCAACACCCUCGCUUUCCUUAAGCUUUGGCAGAGCCUCUGCUAAAAACUAACCAGGCGAUCCAAUUUCCUUUCAUGAAAUAAAAGCUUUUUAAUGUAUUUUUUUAGAGAAGUUAGAACACAAUGAUGAAUUAGAUUUCAAUUUAUUUGACUUCAUUCCCAGCCUGCUGCAUUAGAGCCUGCAAACACCCAUCUCCAGCAGUCCGUCUGCUUGAUUCUUAUUAGGUUUCAGAAAACAAGGCGAGGGAAUUGCAUUAGUGUAUCUUAAGUUAAAAGCUCUUUGCUCUUUGACCAAGUGUUUCAUUGUUAUUGGGUUAAUCAGAUUUUUGCUGUCUUCAUGGAGAUGCUAUCGCAGGCUAGAGGCAGUGGUGGGUAACCAAAGCAGCCGUGCACAGACACUAUCCAGAUGGGAUCAGCUUACGGUAAUUUGGUUUCAGAAUACAUUACCAGAAGAGGCUCCUGGCCGAGAAUGGCCGUCCCGUGAUAUGAGCCAGGAGCUGGUGGCCUCUGUAGCCACAGCUCAAGAAGACCCACCUGUCCCAAUCUCCCCCCUCCUCAUUUCCCCCAAAUUUAGUAGGUGUUGGGAAAUGUGCCUUUUACAGAAAACCUAAUGUUUUAAAUUCAGUCUGUCACCCGAUUCUUAAUACUUCCUUCUUGUACCAACAGGGCUUUGUUGUCCAAUUCAUUAGAGAGAUUCCUGAGUCCACUGGCCACGCUGGAACCCUCUCAUUUCUGGUAUCUAGUAUCAUUACUUUCACUGUAAAUAUGUCACUCAGCUCAGGCUGAGCGGGGGGAGGGUGGAGCAUGUUGUCCCUCUCCAGGCCAAAUGGGGAUGCAGAGUAUAUUGACACUCUAUGGAUGUUCACUGUUCUGCAGCUUCAGAGGUAUUCAGGUUCAUUCCUGUUAGUGCGUAGGCUGGCACAUUAAGCUCACUUAUUCAUUUGUAGUGGUGCUUAAUUCCCCAGACAGUUAACUGAAAAAAUAAGAGUAAAAAAAAGCAUGCUGUAUCCAGACUUUUCUUAUACCUACCUAGAUAACUUAUGCAAACAUCUUUUAAAUUUAUUUUGACUUGUAUCAUGAUAUUCUGCCCUUUGAGACCCCACCUGCCCUUUACACCUUUUAGCGAACAGAGUCCACACCUCUUUGGCCUUUUCAUCACAUCCAUCCGCGUAGAAACCACCAACCGUCACCGCACGCGUCCCUUCUGAUUUCUCAUCCAUUGUAACCUUGGACACCUCCACCGCAGCAGUGUGAGAACCUGUUUAAAAAUAACCAGGUCCAUUAGUCUAGAAGGAUAAUGCUAGCCUACGUGGGCUCUCAUGCCCUUGUGGCAGCAGAGUGCUAUCACUGACACGGUGCGUCAGCACUUCUUCCUGUUGCUCCAACAUUGAAGGGCUCCUCCUCAUUUACACACACAUGCACGCAUGCCUGUACACUUACAAUCUGAAACAGUAAAACAACUGAGUCACAAAAAGACUUACUGUAAUAGUUAUACUUUUGAAAAUACUAAAAACUGUGACAUUACAAACUAGUUGCAAGAAAACUCAAAGUUUUAUGAUUGCAAAGUUUCUCACUUGUCACACUAUUGUUAGAUUAUUGUCUCUCUGUAGAUAUGAAUGCAUUCUUUAAAGUUUUGCCUUGAACUACUAUAUCUGUAAUGUAGGAGGUGAAAGUGUGGGUCUGCUAAUUCUCACUCUGUUAAAAAAUGUGAUGUAAGCUGGGUAACAAUAUGGGUGUUUAUCAGUGAAGGCUAUUGGUAUUGAACAGCCAGUUGUUUGAAGGUUAUGUUUCGGAGCAGUAAUUGAAAUGCAAAAUAACAUUAGGAUCGAUGGUUAGCUUUGUUUAUUUAUGAAAUCAAUAUAGAAACCGUCCGUCACAGCAGCAGCUCUGAUUCCCACUGACAGCUUCACCAAGUCUUCUCUACACGGCCGGGGUGAGCCUUCACCCAUCACAGCUUUUAGGAUGAGUUUUUCUUUUUGUGUGGAUAAAAAGUUCAGGGUUGAUUGACAGUAGACUGCGAUCAACAUCAUGAACUUGAAUGUUAAAGACUGAUGCUGUGUUCACACUUAAUGGAACAGCGUCAGAAGAGAGAGAGAAAAAGAGAGUAGUACUAUCACUCGUCCCUUAUUUGCCCAGAGGAAAUAGAUGUGACCAAUAACCAGCCAUUAACAGGGUGGUGUACAGACAGACAGACUGACUGACUCUACAGGCCUAGUUUCUUUGUGCUGUGCAGAGAUUAUUAUUGAUGACUGCAUUUCUCUCUUGGCACAUAUCAAAUCUGCUUUGGUUAUAUCACAGCACUUUAAAAAAAAGAAGGAAAAAAAGGCAAUUCCCUUCAACAUUUAAUUAACUCACACAUUUAAUUUUUACUCUAUUAUUUUUAUUCCCGUCAUCGUGAUCCAGAAAUUAGAGCUGGUGAUGUGAUGGGGUAGUACGAAGAUAUUUUGUCAUUAAGGCAUUUUAAAUGUCCCCACUUUAAUCUAAGGCAGUCAUUUUACACUGUAUAUACACUUUUUUGUUGGAGCUUAGCUUGAUCCAAAUCAAUGCUCAUCUCUGUCCUGAUUUUCCCUCAGCCUGUUUUUAAAGUUACAAAUUCUCCAGAUCUUCUCAGUAGGUUUUAAUAAAAGUGAGAACAAACAAAAAGGAGACAACAAUUUAUUUCAGGCGUCAGGUCAGCAUUACAGAUCACGUUUGUGUGUUUGUGCAUGUGUUUGUUUGUCGGUGUGUUAUUGUUUACUGUGUGCUUUUUGUGUGUAUUUUCCCUGUCAGUCACAAAACAUGUUCGCAUUAAAAUGCCCCUUUAUGAGACCACCCCCACAGCGCUUAGUGCAAUCCAAUAGUCACACUGAGUGGCUGGUUGUUGAACCUGCCACUCGCAGUGUCCCUCCCUCUUGGUAUGUCCGCUGACUCCAGACCGUCGACUGAAUAAUACAGACAUGCUGAACACUGAAAUGUAUGUUUAGAUUGCCCCCUGAAGGAGACAUAUUAAUUCAGGAAAUAUCCCCAAAGUUUAAUUAUUCUUGAAUGGUGUGGUGGUGGACACUACCAUAUAAAUCAGUUAGGCCCACCCGCCUUUUUAUUACCAGCACUAUUUAUGGGGAAUGUGUGGCAGCUGGUAGAGAUGAGCCUGUAAAAAGCUAGAGGCGAUUGCUACGACUGUGUCUGCUGCUGUGGCAGACUGUCAUACAAAUACUGUUUUUGUGCAGCUUCAGUUCAUUUUGGAACCACUUGAAUUGUGUGCUGCAAAACAACAAUUUAAACAAGGAAAAUCGUGCAGAUUUUUACAUGAUGAUUAUGUUGUGUUAUGCUUGUCAUUUCAAUCUUACCUCCUGUGAACCUGUGUAAACAUUUACACUUUUGAUUGCAUUGAAAUGAUCCAGCAUACGUGACAAAGCGGCAAACACUGGCCUGUUAAUUUUGCCUUUUUGUUCUUGUUUAUGUGUGUUCAUCUGUUUGUGUUUGGCUCAUUUUCUUAUGAAAAGAACAAUUUAUGAUGACGGCAGGAUAAGCUCUUUGUUUUUUAGCAGGUAGAGUUCCACCCUAAACAAGGACGGCCUAUCAGAAGAAGAUUAAUGAAGUAAUUUCAUGCAUGGCUUUAUGCCUCCGUCCUCCUGUACGCACAGUCACUGUGUCUAAACCUGUGAUUUACACUGGACUGUGUUCAAUAGCCUUAACCCUUUAUAAUAAUAUUUCUUACUGUUUGUGACACACACACACACACUCACGCGCACGCACGCACACACACAUUUCUUUCAUAUCUUCUCUCUGAGACUGUGUCCCACAAAUAUCCAGAUGGAGAGGAGGGUUGCUUGGCUUGCACUCGUUUAAAAUUUUCCUGCUCAAGUUUCCAUCAUUCAUAUUUUAUAAUCCCUCCUCUUUAUUUUACAUAAGGAACCCCAUUGAGAGUACAUGAGAGGUGUGCUGUGGUUGAUAUCUGCUGGCUUUCCACAUAAUUUAUGGCUGUUAAACAAAACCAAGCCUUAAAACUGAAUUUUUAUGAGUCACUCCUACUGCACAGGUCAGUUUUUGCUCUUACUUAAUCUUUGAAUCCUUAAACCUGACGGUUUGUUCAGUAUUACCUUAAAACAGAUGUUAUUGCAAAGAAAUCAAGAUACAGUUAGACAGUGAGUAGUUAUAUUUUAACAAUGUGGAUUAAUAGAAGCAUCCUGAUACGUUAGACGCUGUGAUGAACGAUAACAUGCAUUUAAAAUAUGUCACAGCAUCUGUAAUUAGAAAGAGCAAAAAGUGCGCCACUAAGAUGCUGACACUUUAAUUUAAAAUAGAUUUAAAAAUGCAUCAAUUUUUCAUGCAUUAUCAUUUGAUAGCCUUACAAAAUGAAGAUGAAAAAUUUGAAGCUUGAAAAGUCAAAUAGUUGAACUUCUAUAGAGUGGAACUGUUAGAGUUCAUUUUGUUGUUGUAAUGAAAUAAUCAGCUUUACUUCAAUAUUGUGAAGUCUGUAUUGUAAUAUUGAUGCUAUUGUAUCAGUUACAUAUCACGCAAUAGUAGCUUACGUCUGAUGUCACAUGCAUACACACCAGAUUUGUUGAGGUUAACUCUUUUUUUUUUCCAGUUCAAAACCCUGAGAAUCAAACUUUUUUAAGGAUGGUUUUGGCCUGUAAUCGACUAUAAUGACUUUUUUUUUAAUUAUCAUGAACCAUUGUAGAUUUAUGUUGUUAAAUUAUACCAUGGCCACUUCAUUUAAUGGAUGUAAUGGAAACUAAUCUUUUCUAAUGAAAAGGCAGAAUUAGAAAUUUGAUCCCAAAUGUAAUGCACAGCAGACUCGACUUAUCACUCCACUUCUCUUUUUCAAACACUAUGAUGAGCUGUCUAAUUCUACAGGGGGCUUCCCCGCUGGGUCCUCAUCUGAUGGUUAACUCUUUGUUCUCCAUAGAGGGAAGUUUAGAGGACCGGCAGCUCUCUCACCUCCCCCCAGACAGCAGCUCUAUCAUUAGCCAUUUGCUUCCCUCAACAUCCUGAACUCAGCCUCUUAUAAGAACCAGAUCCGCCCAGAGCGGCCCAGACAGUUUACGUCAGACAAACAGCAGUGCCUGUAUCACAAAAGGCCCCUCUCUUUCCUGCCAGCAGCAUCUCUAGAACAGGAAGGAGCACGGAGGGGGAUCAAUAGAUGUGAUCUGCUUCUUGGCCUGCGCUAUCUUGUGGUGCCGCUGGAGCAUGAGGCUCAUGUUGUCGUAGUGGAGUGAGCUCAUGGCUUUAUAAAGACUACAGUGACAUCGCUGUGGAGCAGCUAAAUAUAAUCCUCUGCUGGAGACUGAAAAACUUAAUUGCCCAAGCCACAGAGCAGCUCACCCUCCCCUCCCCAGUGGUAACCCUGCACGAGCCCCAAGCCUACGGACUAUUGAUCCGGGGCCCUCGCUUUCCAUCGGUACGAUAAACACAGAUCUCUCUCAGUCCUCCCUCUCUCUCUUUCCCCCAUGUAUCACUUACUUUCGCUUUCCCUCUUUUCCUGUUUUUAGUCUCCUCGACUUCCCCUUUUGUUUGCCUCCAUAGAUCUGCACAUCAUAAAUCUCUGUCAGCUUCUCCUCAGUGUCUGGCAUAUCCGUUAAUAAGGAGGCCCCUCCCUCCGCUUCAGGUCCACACCCCUCCCUCCUCUCUGUGCAAGAGCCGGACUAAUGAAUGAGAAACUCCAAAAAUUAGGGGCCUCUCCCCUCAUAGAUUGGAAUGAGUCCCUCUGGAGAGCCGGGCUUGCCUCCAACCAAACCACAGCCAUUAACCAGCAACCCCCACACCCCCCCACCACCAUAUUUCCAUCUUUCAUAUUCUGUCUACUACACUAACACACACCCUCAGGCACAGACACACACGCAUGUCCCCCCAGAGUGUAUUUGCCCCUUAUUCCCCUGAUGGUCUUUACCCUGAAACCAGUUAGACACGGGGGCAUCCUCCAUAUUUCCACUAAGUGUUAGUUGUGCCUCUUAUAAAGUGUUAUGUUUUAAAUAUAUAUUUUUGCCCCCCUGAACACACACACAGAGGCAUGCUCAUUUUUUUGGGCGUGCUAAAUUUCAGCACGUUGCCUGCUCUCCUAAAAAUGACUCAUUGGCUGUGUGUUGGAGCGGUAAGAGGUGGCAGUGGCCCCUGGAGGAGAGGUCACCGUGGCAGCUGCCAGUAGGCUCUGGCUGUGGUGGAAAGGCUGAACCGGGUGGAGAGGAGGUCUGUCAGGAGCUAAUUGAGUUCGUCCUACCAGCGCUGACUCUGGGGCCAGUAGCUUAUCAGGCCACAUCGCCCGGGGCCUUCCAGACAGAUCUGCCCCUACUGGGGCAUCUGAUAUCACCAUCACCCUGCCUGCAGAUGUCAACCCCACCUCCUCCUCCACCCCCUUUCCUUCCUUUCCACUUAUCCAGUCUGAUCAGGUAGCCAGGAUGUGACACUCUGGGAGGUUAGCAAAUGUUAUAAAAUCGUGUGUUUUGGCAUCCGGCGGCCUUGAGAGUGAAAAGGACAUGAGAAAUUUACUCUAUAUUGUGCCGUAUGCUUCUGAUUCACACAUGAAACAGAGAGAGAGAGAGAGAGCGAGCUGUAGUCAUCCAGAGCGCAGUGGAGGAUGUGUCUCCUCCUGAAGUGAGCAGGAAGCUCUCAGCAGGAAUACUUACAAAUUGGCUCAAUUAGAUCCUUAAUGUACUGCCUCCUCACGAGUGUCUUCCAGCGUCCAGAAUUUUCGCUUGCAGGCGAGGGAAGCGUUAAGACGUACGAGAACGAGCGCUCCUAGGUUCUCCUCUUGGAAGUGAAGGAACAGCGAGUGUGAGACGAGCCGCCAGAUCAUUAGGCCAGCUAAUCCUGGUCACAGCAGCACCGGUGGAAUGAUAUUAGGGAUCUGAAAUGCUGUUAGGGGGGCCAGGUGGAAUCAGAUUAAAACCAAACUGCGCAGUGUGCGUUUGUGGGCCCAUAACCCACUACUCAGCAUGAAUUUUGAUCGGUACAAAGGGAACAAAAGGAGGAGGAACAGAGAGAGAAAAAGAGAGGGGAGAUACUGUAUCUUAGACGAGCAGUGCUCCUUUGGGCAGCCAGGCAGCAGAAUUUGAAAUGCUUUUACCUUGAGGAAGGAAGGAAGACAGAACUAUAGAUUUUCAGAAUCAAGGCAACCCUUUCCUGUCUGCUCUGUCUGAGAGGAGGGAUACAAGCUAAUUAGCACCUGCCCUGCAUAUUGAAUUAUUUAUUACGACUAUUGCUGCUGUCAGACUAUUUAAUGUUCAUAAUUCAUUUUCCCAUACAAUAGUACUUAUAGAUUUAAAUUGGACCUGUCCCAUUAGAGAUUACUAAUAUUUAUAGAAAUAUUUUAGACUGUUUGAUUAAUACGCCAGGUUCAAGUGGUUAGUAUUCCCUCAGUAUCAUUAAUCAAUAUAUGCAGGCUUGUUAAAAACAUAAGCAUAGCAGUGGUAUAAUGUGUCAUAGCAGAAUGAGUUAAGGGAGAUUCUAGCCAGCACAUUUAUUAUAAAUGACCACAUAGAGCUGGAGGGGAAACAGUUAAGACACUUAUGCAAUUAUGCUAAGUGUCACCCUGAGGAUGCCCUUUGAACCGGGGUUAAGCUUACUCUGAAUUUGUGAAAUAAAAGCUAAAUGGAGCCAUCUUGGGCGCCUGCGUUUUAAUAUAUAGCCCUUAAUAAGCCAAGUGCAGGUGCCCUAUCGCACAGGUGCAUAUAUCCAUCUGAGACAGAGAGCAUAAAGCAGAUGAACACAGAGCUGUGGAUUAAUUUAUGGGGAUGCAAUCUGCAUUCAUUAUCAAGAGCGGUGUCUUCUAUUUGAGAAAGGCAUGGAACGAAUUCACUUUUUCCAAGUUCUGUCUGCGUGUGUGCAAGUAGAUGAUUUUUAAAACAGUAAAUCUGUGUGACAGCCCAGAUCUCAUCAGUAGAAAAACACAUAGUUUUUUCAUUGUUUAAAUCCAAGGAUAGAAACUGUAACAAAUGUUGUGUAUCCGUUUUUAUGGUGAGGGGUUUUAUAUCGCAAGAAUUCCAUAAGUGCUGAAGCAAAGGGCUUAUUCCACAAGGUCAACGGUUUUAACAGGGGGCAUUUUUUUAUUAUUUAUUUUAGCAGUUAACCUUUUUGUGAAUUUCCAGAAGUGGUAGGCACCUGGAGCUCCGAUGAAUAUACAUGACAGCAGGGAGGGAAACCUGGGAAUGAGAUUUAAUUUGACAUGCUGACCCCCAUCUCCACGGGCCCAGGAAGCCUGGGUGAGAAAAUAAGGUUGACCCACUGACCCCUGGGCCUGAACCCCUCUGUCACCCACCCUCACAAUUAAAUCAGCCACGGAGAGCAAGAGGCAGUCCGGCCAACCAAUAGGGGACAUAACUGAGGCCUUUGGUUUCCUGUUUCCUCCAAAGCAUCCUGAGACAGACAGCCAUCGUCCAAUCAGGCAGAAAGAGGGAACAUCCCCCUCUCCCUGUGCUGAUGGUAAACUGACAUGUCAAAUAUGUAAACAUUAGCAUUAGUUGGCAAUAUGCUAAUGGAGCUAAUGUGCUAAGGCACAACUUGGGCUGUCUAGCUGCCACUCAGAAGAAGCCCCUGUGUCUGAAUUUGCAUAAGCCAUGCAAGGCUCAAUUUUGUUAAUGCAGGCAAGUGCAGGUGACCUUUCACCCUUCCAUGGUACCUAAUGCAAAGGGGUGUGUGUGUAUGUAAGCGUGUGACCUCGCCUUGACCGUAUGAGGUCAGGAAGUCUACACUGCCUCCCCAACACAUCAAGUUAUCCCUCCCCUUUACCAGUGCACCCCUUCAGCUCACUCAAUUUACUGACCAAAAAUAACUUGUCCUGGCUAAGUUUUCCCCCUGUUGUUCUCUGUGUGCAAUUUCAAGUUAAAGGUUAUGGAGCAGAGACUGAAAAAGAUUUAUACGGCGAAAACGGCUUCAGAGUGCAUUUCGUGGCCACAGCUCGAAGGCUGCACUUUAGUCUGCACACGUUACAGCAUCAUAUUGCAUGUACUCCAAAAUACAGUUAUUAGGCAGACAGUGAAAAAGUCAAUACCUUGCCAUCGUGUUUCCUUUUGGUUGACUGCUGACUCAAGGAGACAAGCCAAGGUCCACUUCGCUCCCUAAACUAUGGAGAUGCUCCUGACUUGUUGUGCUUUGUUUGCCUGUGUGCACUUGCCUGUUAAGUUAUUUGAGUGCUCUCUCUCUUCUCCACAUCCUUUCCUGUCUUUCUUUGUAUUUGAAUUGUUCUGGCAUUUGUGUAACGAUGUGUGCACAGUGUGUGUUUGUACAUUGAAGGGCUGUUUGCUGCCGCGGUGUGCAGAUAAUGUAGCACUUACAACACGCCUUCUGGUUUGAACCCAAAUAGAUGACCUGAAAACUGUAGAAAUGCAAUUGAAUAAUUAUUGUAAUAUGGCUUUAAAUUUGUCGGGACAAUGUAGGAAUUUGUGUAAAACAUGAAUGUUCAGAAAUAAAUCUUUUUCUUGAUGGUUUCUGCUCUAGAAAAAUAUGAGUUGUUAGAUACUUGUCAAUGUCAGGUUUUCUUUGAUUGAAUCAAGUACUCAGAAACUGUAAUAUAGUGAGUAAUUAAAAGAAAAGACUCUAAAAUGCCUGCCUUGUCAUUAAAUCUUUAUAUUUUGCACUAAACAUCAAUCCACUUAUUUGCUGUUUAUGCAUUUCUGCCUCACUGCUGGUUGAUGAAAUCCACAUUUACUCUCUAAAGACCUUAACUAAUCAUUCUCCUCUUCUCCCCUCAUUUUCCUUCCCCCUCCCUAUCCCACCCCAGGCUGCUGAAUAGAAUGGCGGCUGAUGACCGGCACCUACCCUCCAGUUGUGGGUCCUACAUCAAGACGGAGCCAUCCAGUCCCUCCUCGGUCAUCGACACAGUCAGCCACCACAGCCCCAGCGGCAACUCAGACGCCAGCGGCGGCUAUGUCAGCACCAUGAACAGCCACUCCAACGGUCUGGACUCUCCACCCAUGUUCACCCCCAAUGGGCUCGGGGCCGGCUCCUGCCGCAAGCGCUACGACGACUGCUCCAGCACCAUCAUGGAGGACUCGUCCAUAAAGUGCGAAUACAUGUUGAACUCCCUCCCCAAGAGGCUGUGCCUGGUCUGUGGAGAUAUAGCCUCGGGGUAUCACUAUGGGGUGGCCUCUUGUGAGGCCUGCAAAGCCUUUUUUAAAAGGACAAUACAAGGUAUUUUUCCCCUCUCAGUACAAGAUAUUUCAUCCCAUGUUGCUGCAUCACCAGACAUAAAACACCCUCAAUACAAGGCACCUUUGGCCUCACAACAACACUGAAACAUACUCAGUCCAGGCGGUUUACUAUGUAAAAAAAACUCACUGGAGUGUGAGAAAUGUUGUCUCUACCUCAUGAGACUUAAAACCUCCACAUGAAAAUCACUAUUUUUGAUGUUAUUACACUGAACAACUCCUUAUUACUUCAGGCUCAAUAGAGAUACUUUCCAAUAAUAUGCAUUUUAAAAAAGCUUGACUGUACCAGCUGAAAUACAGAGAAAUACGAUCGUUUUAGGACAGGACAGAUCAAUUCUGUGGGCAUGAUUAGAUCAUCAGUCAUGGUUGCCGGUGUAUGGUGGACAUGACAUCAUCACUCAGAGGUCAGAUUUGGUGGGAGGUGGGGGCUGUUUGCCCAGAUGCCUUAGGGGGGCUCGGAGAACAUAUUUUAUUAUUCCUGUCAUGUUUGUUUUUGUGUGUACAUGUGUGUGGUGGGACUGGGGUGUGAUUGGCUAUCUGCUAGGCCUGAUGUGUCACAGCUUCUCAUUAGAGAGGCAAUGAAUGGCCCCCCACUGUGAAACUGUGCGCUCUGCUUCAGAUUAAUCAGGAAGCCGGAGAUAUUGUUGAGCUUAAAAAAUCUGCACAACAGGCACAGCUGCUCAGGUCUGUGCCGGCUUAAAAAGAAAGUACGUGCAGUGGAUAAAUAGAUUAAAUAGGUUAUCGGUUCAGGCUUGGUAAGAUGCUUUGAACACAGAAACUUGAUUUUUAAAGUAAAUGAAUCUGAUAUCAUUUAUCUUCUUCUCUCUGUACACUUUCAUCCGCAAAUGAUUGCAGGCAUUAUAUGUAGAGCAGGCUGCUUGUCUGGAUGAUAGGUGUUGAUUUUGGACCUUACAGCCCUAUCAGCUUUAGACAGUCUAUGUACCUUUUGCAGGCAAACAAAAGCAUUAGGCCAAAUCCUCCUGUUUACCCAUGCUGCCAUCAGCAAUCCUGUCUAUUGACAAAAGAUGAACAUUUUCUCUCAAGUAACAUAACUGGGCUUUUGUCCCCUCACUAAAAGUACACUGACGGCAACACAAUGGAGCAGAAAAGAGGCAUCUGGGGAAGAAAGAGAUGUCUUAAGUGGAGCAAUGGCUCAAACAAUUAAGAGAAAGGUACAUGGGAAAAAAGAAAGCUCCUCUUUUUCCCCUCCUCACUCUGCAUUGACGAUUUGAAAUCCCUCUCUUUCUCUUCUUGGAGGGCUGCCUGUAAUGGAGCUAAUCUGCCGUCGUUUGUCCGAGCCACAGGAGUUUUGUCAAUAACAAUCAGCGUUUGGAAAGUGUAAUUAAGGCCGAGGCUUUUCAUUAGGAAGAAGGGAGGGGGCUGUCUCCAGGGACGGGCAUGCCAAUUAGAAACUCAGGCACGCGUCGCCGGGUAAUUUCAGGGAAAGGAGGGGAAAAAACCCAGGACUUCUUUAGAUUGGAGAGGGACCCUGCUGCUCUUUCAGAGGAGAGGAGGGGAGGCUUAAUGGCAUAAUAAUCAGACAGGGGUCCCAGGAAGAGAAGGCAGGAGGAUGUAGGGAGUUUUUUGAGGGGGGUGGGUGAACACUUCCCAAAUGAUAAAAGAAACACAUGCAGGAUUGCUGGAGGAAAACAGAAGCGGUAAAAAGCAGGAUGUAGAGCCCUUGAAAGAAUGAGAGGGUGCUGUUGAUGAGAACUGAUUAAUUAAAGGAAUAACGAGGCAGUCAAGGGUGGAGUGUGAGACGGCCCUCUCUAAUGAGAGGAAAACAAAGGAGCUGUCUUUUCCAGCCCUUUAUCACAUUGUUCUUUAGCACUCAGGGCAAACAGCACGCUAAGUUACUGUUAACCGUGUACAUGACGGUUUCUUUGCCACCUUGACACAUUCGUUGAUAUUGUUUUGAAAAUUUUAAAACGUUAUCCUUCAAAUUUGUUGAAUUUCUACUAAAAAACUGUCGGAUUUUUUUCUCUGGGAAAUAUAUUAUUUCUGUUACAUCCUGCUUUGGCCCAUGCUCCUCCAGCUGAUGCCCUUUCCUCUUCAACAAAAGCAGAAAGAAAAUCCAUCUCCUGUCACCUAUUCAUCCAGUGAAAAGCCCCUUGAACUCUUACGUGGAGAUAGUUACAUUAGUCAAGGCCAGGCCCAAAUUAACGUCAACCUGGAUCUCCAUCCAUCCCUGAAAUACCCCAGUUCACAGUGCGCUCUAAUCAUCCCCCCUGUUCCUGCACCUCAUGUGCCCCACCAAUCAAAAACAUAAAUCUCUUAUUGAACCGUGUUUUCUUCCCAUUUUGAACCCAAGUGUAAAAUUGCUUGAAAACCAACUGAACUCAGUGGCCCUCUUUUAUAUGAAGUAAUAGACCUUGACAGUAAGCCUGUAAAAGUCAGUUUAGAUUUUGAUGAGAAAUACCUGCCAUUUUACUGUAAUUUACUUACAAGACCUGACUUUCCCCUCUGUGCCCUGGCAUGGGUCCUGAAAAGCCAUAAAAUAGAUUGAGACAGAUACUUAUCAAGAGAAGAAGGAGGGAAAUCUUUUUCUUCUCCCUUCACUCUGUAAUGUUAUUGGUAACCAUACCAUAACCUCUCUAAAGAUAGAUAAACCAGAGCAUGGCCCUGGGGUUAAAGGAACUCCUGCCAGUAUGCUUCAUUUCUGAGAGUGAAACCGGCCAUACUAUCAGUCUAUGAGCCACUGUGUCCAGGCAUCAUUUUUAAAUGACAGGGUUAUUGCAAAACAUUUUAUAGGCUGACUCUUGAAAGUUUAGAUAUUUAAUAAAGUAUUAAAAGUGCAAAUGUAGUGUUAAAAUUCCUGUUUAGUAACGGCUACAUUUAUGUAAUAUUUUCUUUUUUUAUUGGUGUUGUGUUGCUACAUAAGAUAAAAACAAAACCUGUUUGCUUUAACUCAUUUAUCUUUUCUAGAGCUAUAAAUUCAUACAAAUCAAACACAUUUUAGCUCCUUUGAAUAGAAAUUGUCGCAUACUCGCAUGAGAAGUUUGUUUGAAUUGAGACAAGAAACGACUAAUGGGUGCAUUUGGAAAUAACAGUUACUCUCACCAAGACAAGAAAUACAAGACAAAUGGUUACUUAGUCUUACGGUUAAACGCGGUUAAAAUACUAAUUUCAAUUAGAAAGUGGCAAAAAAUUCAAAUUGAGAAAGAAACUUGUUACCUCUAUAUUUAUUUUAAGUGAAAAUGAAUUUAAGCAUUUGAGAGUUUGUCUGCAGUCUGUAUUAAAUAGAUAUAAAAAUGAAGUUUUGUUUAUGUCUCUCUCCAUGUCUGGAUUAUACAGCAGAUUGUGCCUUUGAUAUCGUCCCUAGGAUAUUGUUCUCAUUCCUCAUUGGGGCUAAUUUAGGUCAGAGUAUAUCGCUAACAAGAUUAGCUAAGAGGUGUAAGUCGUAUUUAAAGCAGGAUUUAGUCUAUGUGUAUUGAUACUUAAACAUUCCCCCUCCUAAAUAUAAACCAAAAGCAGAGAUGAGAAAUUAGUUGAGCUGCGUUGAGCUAAGAGAAGCCCCUCUGACAGAACAUCAGACACAUGGAGAGCCGUAUAAGACAGGUGGACAUAGUAGUGUGUGAACGUGUGUUUGUUUUUGUUUCUGGAGUGGUUGAUAUCAAAGGGCCAGCUCUCUCUGCCAGCUACCAGGUGUGGUUUGUACACGUGCCCCCCUGAAUAAGAGAAGGGAGGGCGCAGAGAGUAAAAUAGCCCAUAAACAACACGUCCUCAGGGACACAGGGUCAACCGUGCAGGCAAACUUGCAACAUAGCAUGCAAAUGCAAUAUGAUUUUUCUGUUUUAAAAUGAUUAAAUAAAAGGAUUGAAAUGAGAAGUUAAUAUUUUUUUAGAUAUGCAAUCAUACCCCCCGUUGCUGAUUGGUUAGUGUGUAAUGAAAAAGCAAACUAAAAAGACCUACGUGAAUUGAUUCCAGCACAGGGUGGCACUGAUUACCUCCUCCCAGCAUAUGGGAAAUGGAUAGGAUUAUUAUGGUCUGGUUCUGCUAAGACAACAGAGAAAACAGAGAGAGGAAAGACAAUCAGAGCUCAUCAGCCGCUUCCCUCACACCUUUAUUUACCCCAAUCCCAAAGAGAUAAGGAGAAUUAGCAUAAUGAUUUCUUAGCCAGAUAUAAGGAGGAAUUUCUAAUUAUUUAUAACAUCUUGGGACCCUCCACUUGAUCUGUCCAAUAAUGUUAACAUAAUUGCAUAAGUUGUCAAAGGAUGUUGGAGGGCUAGUGGGGGAACGCCGGUGGAAUAUUACACAGCUUCUGUCUCUGUACAGAAAUAUGGAGCGAGGGUCAGAGCCGAGGAGCAGACUCAGGAUGGUGGGAUGCAAUCCUAAUGUGCCUGUGUGUGUCAGUUAACACAAUGCAAAUUAAAGCUUUUUAAAAUAGCUCUUUCUGUUAAAAGAGUUUGUUUGAAAUUAAGAAUUUAUUUUCUGCAGAAAGAAUAUUUAAUGACGUGUUUUGUGGACAAAGAACAGAGCCAGUACAAUGACUAAAUUACAUUUUUACUCCAGUUAUCUGUUUAUUUAACUAGAGCAACAAUGGCAUAAACUGAAAUGUUCAAAAUAUCAAUGUCAAAAGCUUUGAAAGCCAAAAGCCCUUUGAAAAUAAAGAUAAUUCAAAUUCCUCAGUUGAAGCGCCCAUUACAUUGAAACCCUUUAUUGAACCUCUGGAUACAGUAAAAUGUAGGGAAUCCGACCGGAGCGAGGAGCUGCCUCACAUAUCUGCCCUUUCUGUUGCUAAUGCUAGAGUCGAGCGCAACCAGCUCUUUUAUUGUGUAGCAAUGAAACUCUUUUUCAAUGCUGUGUCCUGGAAUCAGACGCUGCAGCUGAAUAAUGCAUAAAGCCUCUUGCCUGUACACUAUGUAAAUAGUCAACAAUGGCAACAGUGGUAACAACAGGUUUGGGUCUGCAGGAGUAUUAUGUAAAGUGGUCGGGGGCAGUGUGUCUGGCUCUCCGGCUUGCUAUUGAGGCAGUUUCAGGCCCCUCUGAGCACAGGGGGACACGGCCUGCGCCUGGGGGCCCGGAGGGGACAUGCACAGAAUUAAUGAGGCCAAUUUAGUGUUGGACUAGGGUGGCAUCUACUGAUGGGUCCUGAAGGACUAUUGUGGCUACACUUCCACUUGCCUACCCCCACCCUUUAACUCUUACUCUAGUUUCUCCUCCUGCUGUGGCCCUCAGUGCUGUCAAGUUACCGAAGAAAACCUCAGCCACAAUGCAGAGAGGGAUUUUAUGUGAAACUGUAUGGUAAACAAUUGACCAUUUUGCGGGAGAUGAUUUAUUAUCAGCCAUUUAAAGUGGUUGUUAUGUCUGUGGCAGCUCAAAAUUCACUGUUGGGUUUUGUGUUUGGCCAAAUUAAAUGUCUCCCCCUUGUAUAUUAAAUAAAUGUUUUAGAGUAUAUUAUUUUUGAAGCCUGAAUAAACUGUGUUCUUCCUCUCCCCAGGUAACAUAGAGUACAGCUGUCCUGCCACAAACGAGUGCGAGAUCACAAAACGGAGACGCAAAUCAUGUCAGGCUUGUCGCUUCAUGAAAUGCCUCAAAGUGGGGAUGCUCAAAGAAGGUAAGAAGAGUAAGAACAUUUUUUUUAUUCCUGCACCCACAAAUAAACAUACCGUAGCCUAAUUUUCACCACUCGUGCAAAUUUAGAAGCAACAGUUCCUUUCAUAGCUAAGCUGCCAGCUGUAAACGCCAACAACACACACACACACACACACACAAGUUCCCAUGAUGAAUGUUUGAACUGCUCAGAGUCACAGAUUUUCUUUUCUCACCAGUCCAGAUUAAGACAUACAUACAACUGACCAGCCUCGACACCAGCUCCCAGCCCCCCUGUCCUCCCCUUACCCACACAGCAGUAAAUAAUGUGCAGUUGAGCUGGGGACAGAAAUAUGCUGAAUAGGUUGAUCCUGCAGUCUGAGUAAUAGAAUUGUAACAGUAUUCCUGCUGGAAAGGCUCAGGCUGAGUCCCUGAGCACACUCUGCACGGUCUCCGCUCUCCCCGGCAUAUUGAUCCACUAAAUGUUUUCCGAACAUCUCGGCUCUCUUCCUGUGGAUGGCUUUUUUAAAGUCACGCCAACAGGGAAUUCAGUGACAAUUAAACAUGCUUCCGAUGGAUUUGUCUGGCUGCCCCCACCUCCCCCCUGAUGCCAGGGACUGAGCCCCCUGGGACCCCGAGGCCCGGGCCGUCUUCCGGGGAAGAUACCUAUCCAUUCUCCCUUUCCUUGUUGCAUUCUCUCCUACCUCUCUCUGUCUCUCUCACUCACUUGUUGGUUGCUUCAGAAAGGCCAGACAAAUGAAUAAUGAAAGAUAUGUGGCUGGGAGGUGAAGUGGCAGUGUAAUAUUUAUUCAAGCCUCCUCUGGGAGUAGCUCAGAGACUCUGUAAGAAAACAUGUUUUCCUCAAGUGCUGAUGACUAUGGGUCAGGUAGCACUUAUGUUGUGCUAAGUAUGAAGGUCUCCGAUUGUUAUACAGUUGUAUAAAUGCCCUCUGAAAUUCUCUGUUAACUUCCACUUUUAAGUUCUCUGUUAAACUCAGUGCAGAAUAUAUUUCCCACUAUUAUUCCCCCCCCCAUUAUUCAUGGGAGAGUGGGAUUUAUAGAUGCAUAUACAGUAUAUCCAGUCACCACCUGAAGCCAGAGUCACAGCCUGUAUGGAUCUCUGCUCAGUAACAGAAUCCCCUGGACUGCAUGCGGCCAGAUAAAGCGGGAGUGCCAGAAAGACAGAGUAAUCGCAUUACUAUCUGAUGAAAAAUUUAUGCCAAUAUAUCAUCUUGGAGAAUAAGAGACUACAAAAAUAUGUAGCCGGGGCUAUAAAUGAAUGACCAGUGUCAGGUCAGAGUAAAAAGAGUGUAAAACUGAAAUAUGCAGGCUUGUGCUAAGUCUGAGGGUCUAAUGCACACUUCUGUGUAUUCAGCACCUUCACAGAAUAAGAAUGACCCGGCUCUUUUAUAAAGCAGCCGCUAUCAUCACUGCAUUGUUACUGUGGUCACAGACUCCUUGAAGUCCUGUGCAAGUGUUGUUAAAGAUCCCUUCUAAAACAAAUUAUUUCUUUUACCAUAAAAAUUACAAAUCAAAUAUUUUACACAGACCAAAGAGAAAAGCACAUUCUGUGUAAGAGCUCUGCUUCAAGGCCCGAGACUUCAAGUGUUACCAAGACAAAGUGACAAAGUGGAAAAGAAAGACACAUGGUCUGAGUCCACAGUAAGCUCCAUGAAGCCGUCGGCUCAACGCCACGCUCAGGCCCAGGGUAAAGAGAUGGCCUCCGCUCAUGUGACUGAGGUUGCCUCUAACUUUCAUUACUGCAAAAAGGUCACAUUGUGUCUCAAUGGAAAAUCGCCUAAUUAUAACUUAACAGCUCCUACAAGGUGCAGCACUGCCCCCCAAUGAGACAGAAGAUUAAACCCAUUUCUGCUUCUGUUAUGAUAACAUUAAUACUAUUGUCUCUCUGUAAAAUUAAAGUCAGAUAUUCACACUCUUAAAAUCCAUUGGUUAGGAUACCCACUUAACCCAAAAGCUACACUCAGCUCAUCCAUAUCUCCAGUUGUGGUAAGAGGUGCGAGGUAAAUGGUCUUCUAAGAUCAGCAGCCUGAUUACAGGAGGCCUGCCUCAACCCCGUGUCGAGUCGCUGUACUUUCCCUCGACUGUAUAAAGGAGGAAGUGAUCAAUAGAAGAAUCAAAUGUCAGGGGCAACAGGUUUUUCCUCUGAUCAAUGGAAACGGAUCAGAGCUUAGAGGAGGAGAGAAGACAAGAUACUUUUGAGAGAUUACAUUGACUUCAUUCAGUGGCAGUUUCUCCUUGCACACACUUCCUUUCUACCUUGCUGACUGACACACACAUCCCAUAACUUUCACACUAGUGCAAAAAAAACCAAACCCUUAUUUCUGGAAAAUUAGAUGCUAAAUCGUAUCCUCGUAACCAAAGAUAAUAGCUUCUUGUUCCAUUAUCCUCAUUGUAUAAUGUGUGUGAAGGUAGAAAGUGUCUUCUCUUAUUGUGACAGAGCAGUUGCUCACUCAUGAACAUUUACAGAACAAAGGAGCAAAGCGUGUCUACACUGAUAUACUAUACACCUCUCAUUGUUCAGCCGACUGGCAUGCAGAGAACAACCACAUCCCACAAUAGCCCCAUCACAGUCACAUACACAACAUACAGGACAUACGCACAGACAGCACUCACAUGUAAAGGCUCUGAAACACUAGACAUGUAAGUGUUCACGUGUGUUGCAGGCUGUCUGUACAAGUGAAACAAAGACACUGCUUCUUAAACGAAAUACCGGCGAAGUGAAGAAGAAGUUUUUUGUGAGGCAAUAGAAGGUGAAAUAGAAUUACGUGCAGUUUAAGUAUGGAUUUGUCUUUUCAAUUAGCAGUAGGAGCAGCAAUGUCAGCUCACAGGGGAUAUUGUAGCUAACCUGUAAAUGGAGUAUGUGACGAGGGUGUCAGGAUGGCAGCCCCUAGGGUCAGCAAGAGGGGAGGGGGCAAUGCGUGACAAUUUUUCCGCUACCCUCGCUCAUCACCACUUGUGAUUAAAAAUGCUGCAACACACUUACAAGUAUGCAAAGCUGGCAACAGGGGCCCUUUGAAAUAGUGCUGACGGCAGUUUAGCGGGCGGCUUCCUUGAAAGGCAAGGUUCACCAUGCCUUGCCAUGUGGCCUUCUGAUUUUCCCAGCUAAAAUAGGGUCCACCUAAGCCCCCCUUGGCAUUGCCAACCAUCCCAGACAUCCUGACACUUUCCCCAGGGAGAGACACCCUGAACAGGUGAGGGACUCAAAAUAAGGGCCCCUUCCACGGCCGGCCACACAAAGUGAGUGAAGACAGGCCCUUUUGUAGGAGGGUGCUUGGAAAGGGAUUAUUAUUGUUUUUGGAGAGAAAGAGGAGCCCUAGGUCAGCUGGCCCCAGCCCCCACCCUGAGGCCUGUGCUAAUCCGUGCACAAAUGCCAGCCGCCUUGGCCAAAAGCCCUCUCUCUCUGCACCCUGCUUUGAAGAGGCGAUACCCGAGCUCACCCGCUGCUCCCCUCACCGCACUGUGUGGUGGGCCAUAUAACGGUGUGAUGUUCAGCUCUAUUUGCACAUCUAUAACACAUCUACUGUUUACUUUGGAGGGACCGCUCAAGAGCUAUGGGUGUCACAUGAACCUCACAAAGAUCUGCAAAAAGUCUAAACCUCAGUGCCUGAUGGAAUGAGGGAGUAAAUCAGUCUAGCUUCACAAAAUCACUCUCUCUUCCUCUCUCCCGUUUCUGGCCCUGUUGGACAGUAAAAUGAGACAGGUUAGUGCCAAGCUUUAAUUCCUGUCAGCAUCUGUUAAUUAUGGCCAGGACUGUUCUAAUUAAAAGAGGCACCCAUCUACCUUCAUCGCUGGCUUUGCACCGCCUCACACAGCCACAUGACUCAACCAGCAGAGAGGAUCACUGAAAGCAGAAGCGCAGCCACCUGGCAGAGUCCGAGCUCAACGCCAGCGCCGGAAGAAACCGUAGAAAGGGAUGACAUCACGUUUGACAAUGAGGGGAAUUUUCCACCCCGACAGUAACAGCAGCAACAUCUCAGCUGAGUUGGAACAUUUCUAAGCACCUAAGCCUGAGCAUCAAGUGGAGCCUGUUUAAAGACUUUCCUUAAGAUGCCUUCACAGAAAAAAAUAAUCUUUCCGUGUUACAGUCAGAAUUGAAAUCGUCAUGGUGAGUGCAUGUGUAAAGUAGGGGUAGUAGUUGCCACCAGAUGAUUCCCUGGUGCUUGCUGGGAAGGAUGAGGCUCCAAUGGGAAUUGGGGGUAAUUAGGUUAGUGGGUUGUCAGUGUCAGGAAAUUGAAAGACAAUCCUAAUCAGAUUUGAGUUUCUUGGGAAUCAAAUCAUUUAUAUUAGUAGAAAAAAAUCUCUGUUCUUCAGAUACAUUAUGAAAGGGUUUGAUAAAUAUUUGAUACAUGCAGCGAGUGUAAGGGGUAGCAGCCUUAGCUUUGUAAAAUAAAUGUCAAAAAUCAAGAGGAUAUUUUGCAUAAAUCCACGGUUGAAUUCCUCUUUGCUAAAUGAAGGCCACUGCUCCUAUCUUACAUCAUCUGAUUUUGCUUCUCAUCCCCGUUCCCCGAGCGACCUCCAAUCACGUUGCAUGGGACACAUCCAAACUCAUCCCCUCCAAGAGCACUCGCUGAUGGGCAAAUUGUAUUAGGCUCAUUUGCAGUGGCCACACAAUGCCCAGGUUUGACACCGUCCUCCCUGUUAUAAAGUGAUGAAAUCAUCAAGGAAGUGCUCUGGCUGCGGGUGUUUUGUUCGCCCAGAGGACGCAGGCAGCUGACAAAUUAACUCCUCCUCCACCGCAAGCAUUUCAUUGAGCCUUUUCUCAUCCCCCCUUUAGUAUUAAAUUUGUUUGGGGGGUUACAUUAUGCAUGUAAAGUAAAUUGAAGGGAUUCUCCCUCCUGACAGGAUUAAGAUAUCAGGGGUAUUUAGGCUGUAAGGCAGCAGUGGGGAUGGAUGAUAGAAAUGUUUGCAUACAAUUGCAUUAAAUAACCAAAUACCUGCCGGGUGGUAUCAAAUAAAUAGAAACAGUGUAGAUGAAAUAUUUUAACUAUGUUGAAAAUUAAUAGAAAAGAAAAGACAUCCAAAUGGAAACAUCCUUAUCAAAUAAUGAGAUAAUAAAUAACUUAUGUUAUGAUGAGGCUGGCUUGACAUUUACAGUAUCAGUGUGCAACCUAGCCCUCUAGCUGUGGCUGGGGGUGAUAAGGCCUUAGUGCUACUCCUGUGAAAGAGGGGUGAAAUAAGGGUCUUUUAUGGGAAAGCAAUACCUAGUUAUCUAUCUGCAGUGUGACAGCACAGGGUUUGUUCAGUGUGUGUGGGACUGUGUCUUUGCUUGUAUGCUGGUUAAGUUUCUUUUUCCGGACAGUGAAGACCACACACCUGAGCUCAAAAACACACACACAUACACACGCACACACACACAGGCAAAGAGGUAUGUAGCUGGCAGCUAAUUAGUAUGCAGUCUGCCUCACCCCAAAAGCUAAAUAAUUAGAGGGCCAGUCUGUGAGAUCAUUGACCCUGCGUUAAAUAUUCAUAUGUUUAGACCUGCUCUGGGCUCAGCUGUGUCACAGUAGACCAGCCAGGCAUGGACCACAUAUGGGAAGGCAGCCGUGCUGCUGACACAUCAGUACACACAGACACACACUAAUGUCACAAUGCAUACGCACAAAAAAAAAAAGGAAUCAGCAAACGCACCUCUGCUUUCACAGAUAAACCCAUACAGAAAUGAUUCAUCACAGCGCAACAGAAGAAGGAUUUUUUUUAACACACAAAGUCAUUUUUUAAUGUAUUUGAUGUUCCAUAUAAUUUAUAACUCAGUGUAGAAAUAAAACCUUCCUUGUCCACCUUGUCAUUUCUAAACCCAGGGGUUCGCCUGGACCGUGUGCGAGGGGGCAGACAGAAGUACAAGCGGAGGUUGGACACAGAAAACAACCCUUACCUGGGCUUGACGCUCCCCCCUCCCACCAAAAAACCUCGUGAGUACUCCCCCAUCACUUACCCAUUGUCUCCCUCCGUCGCCACUCCUCCUCUGCCAGGACACCUCGCAGGUAAAACUAAGGUGGCGCAUAAGGUCAGACUGAUGUUUCCCCUCAUGUUUGGACAGUUAGGAAUACAGAGGUCAAAAAUGUAGCUUAGGUAUAGUUCCCUCAGUAAGUUAGCACUGAAUUAUGGGAAAUGUAUAAGAUGACCGAUAAAAUGUCGUCAGGGUGCUCGAGGACACCUUCACACAUAUAUUUUUUACCCACUUGCAUGCAUUCUGUUGGGAUGAGAGCUUUUACUGCCUCCAAUUCACUCGCACAAAUUCAACCCCCAUACACCAGUUUGCAUAAUGAGAGAGGGAAGGAAACAGCGGAAAAGAGAUCACAUUUUCACCUCUGUUUUUCAAUGUGAUGCAUCUUAGUGCCUGAAUGAGCUUUGCCACUAUACGACCCUUUACCUCUGCUUUGCUCUAACUCCCCCUCCUCCUUCCUCCUCUAUCCUCAGUUACAAAGAUAGUGUCUCACCUGUUGGUGGCAGAGCCCGAGAAGAUCUACGCCAUGCCUGACCCCACCAUGCCAGAGAGUGACAUCAAGGCUUUGACCACGCUGUGCGACCUUGCUGACCGUGAGCUGGUGGUCAUCAUCGGCUGGGCCAAACACAUCCCAGGUAUCAAACAAGUUAUUCUCGCUUCUUUCUGCUUCUUUUACGUAUAAAAAAGCACUUUUCCCUUUUAAUUUAGUUUUCCUCUGUCUCUGCCACACUCUGUACCGAUAAACAUGCAAGCAUAGAGAUAAUUAAUGACAGCAGCUCAUACAGCCUCUGGGUGAAUGGGGUGGAGGGGGUGCAAAAUGGACAUAGCUGUGCAAGACAAAAAUCAAUAGAGUGCAUCUAAAACCACUGCAUUGAAUAGAGAGAGGGACAGUGCCAAUGUAUGUUGUGAUCACCAGGGAGAGUCAGAACAGAGUUAGGGAUCUGCCCAAUCAAACAACACAUCAUAUCACACACACACAUCUGCACACAUGAACGCACAGGAGCACUAGCACACACACACAUUGAAUUAUUGAUGGGCAUAAUCAUGUUUCUUCCCUGCCCCAUAGGCAUUCUGAUAGACGAGGUGUUAGGUUAUAAGAGGCUGUUGAAUUAAGGAUACAGCACCUCACGUCAGCAGAGAUUUUGCUUCCUUCAAGAGUUUUCCUCUGAUUUUGACGGAGAACACAUUGUUUAGCUGCUUGUUUUUUUUGCAACCGAGGCAGAUUCUCCUUGAUCUUGAGCUUGACCCCCAUAACUCUAUAACAUUACGGAGCUGUAGGGAUGGAGGGGUAACAAACUAAAUGAAUGUGUCCCUUAGCGGCACCCCUGUAACCCCUUCUUCUCAUCAACAUAACUCGGACAGGCACAGAGCUGUCAGCUUUCAGGAGAUAGGCGACACUGCCGCGGCUCUGAUGUACUCACACACACUGUCGGCCUUUCUCUUACACUACCAUACAAAAGUGUGCUCAUGCUUUGUGGUCUUAUCUGUUUUUUUUUUUUUUCAGAUGAUUAAUUUCAAUCCCAAUUCUCAUAUUGAAUAGGUUCAUUUGUUUUUAGCAAAGUGAAGUGGACUCUGGCUGACCUCCCUCGGGCAGGUGCAUUUUGUACUGUAAAGGUAUUAGAGUACUUCUCAGAAGGAGGGGUAUUAAUCAGGUACAGAUCUGAUAGUAAGGAGAUUAGAGAUGGAUAUGCUCCUAACCCCCUGGCCUCGGCCCUGGCCCCCAUAUGCGUCUAAACAGUUUGGAUCACUCCCCACGGGCCGUGCAUGGUCAGCAGCCUGAGAGUUUAACAGGGAGCUUAGACGGGACUGGAUCACAACUGACCUGAUAGCACACUCCCAUCGAUGUGACCCAAAAAUUACACCAGCGUCACAGCUACAAAAAAAUAACAAGACAAAGAAAACCCCACUAUUAUCAUCCUGUCCCUGCCUCUGGGUUUAGAUUUUGGAGCGAUGGAGGCAUCAUCUUAUCAGGACAAAUACACAUCCAAAUACCAGACGUCUGUCAAAUCCAGCAAGAGUACUUCAUCCAAAGCCACACUUGGAGUAAUUUUCCCUUUUCUUUACAAAUCACAGUUAAAAUGUUAAGGUUUGUCAUCCUCAUGGCAUCAUCAUUUCUGUGUUUGUACAUGUUAAUUGGAUUGUGUUUGUCAUGGUGUUGAAACACUGUUAAUCAGAUUACCCUAACCCGUAUUGUACAGUGGACGGAUUCAUGGUCAUGGAUAAUGAUCAUAUAACUCAAAAACCCUGUAAAGAGAUGCACCAAACAAUGAGCUGCAAAUUUAAGUUAGUGGAGUUUAAGUGUAUUACUUUCAUAUGUUUCUGCUUCAUACACUCAUGUACCUUUUUUAAACUAUAUUUAUUUUCUUACCUUAAAUCAUAACACCAAAUUUUUGGGGGAUUAAAAAGAUAAUUUGACAGGACAAAGACGUUUGAUCCAGCUGACUGCUUGGUCUGCAUCUGUCCCUGUGGUAGUGUCUGUAUUAGGACAGUCAGUGUCCUCUGGCCAUGAAAUGGCUGCAUAAUUGAGUUGUACAAGGCUGAACCUGAUCAGAGACGGUUCACUGGUUGAGCGAGACUCGGUGCACUAACACUCCAUGCUACGACGGUACCCCAGGGCAGCCUUGCAUGCUUGGUUCCUACAACAUUUCUCCCUCCCUCCGCUCCGGGACAAGACAGGAACAGGGAGGAGAAAACUGCUGAUUACAUUCUGAUAGAUUUUUGCAGCCUUAGGCAAUGGAAUUAAAAAGAUUAACAGUUCAUUAUGAAGUAGACCACAUUGAUUAGGCCAUUGACAGAUGGGCCGAUAACUAAAGUCCAAAUGUAACAAUUUAAAUGUCACGAAAAUUGGCACUUACCUUCUCCCAAUUGAUUUUUAAUUUCGCCCGUUCUCAGCUAACAUUUGAAAACGCGUUUCAAAAGUGGCAUAAUGGGGAGGAAAGUGGCCCUAUUGAGUUUUAAUUGGAGGGCGAUUGGAGGAUAUCAAAGUCCUAUCAUUAGUGUCGAUGGUAUCUUUGUCUUACUGGGUCCAAUGUCAACUUUGUCAUCCCGGCUUUAUUCAGCAGACUGUGAAAGGUCAGACUGUAUGGAUGAAGUACCUCUUCAGUUUUACAGUUUUCUUUCUACGUUUCAGAUAAAAUAAGAACAGGAUAAAUCAAUCAGCUCAGGUGUACUUGUUACUGAACCCUAAUGAGUGAGAUAUUGAAGGUUAGUGUCACAUAUCGGGAUCCUUCAUUCCCACAGACUGCAGUCCUGCCCUCGUUCUCAGUCUGCCUUUGAUUAAUAGAUAAUCGCUGCAGAGCUUUCGGACACUAGUGUCACUGCUCCAAAUAGCACUGUGAAGCAGAGAGUAGCGCGGCUGUUGCCUGAAGGGGGUUUAGGGUCAUUAGGAGCUGUGUUAGGGGGAUGCUGACAGAUGGCUUGUUGCUUCUAAGGUGCUAACAACCUUUGACACACAUAGCAGUCCACUGUCCACCCCUCUGGCCCCCGUCCAUUCCCAUAAAGCCACAUUUCACUCUGUUCAAGAGGUUUAAGGAGGAACUCGGUAUACUGACAGCUUCAGUAGGCCAGGACCUGUUUACCAACUUGACAUUGCUGCCACCUUUUGAGGACUGUCAGAGUAUAAGCCUGACCCCUGUGGCCUCAUGCCGCUCCACAUCCCUUCCCACCUGCGACGGGAAUGGCAUGUGUUCAUAUGUAAAACCGCCAUGCAUGCUGCUUAUACAGGAGGUGCUUGUUGUUUGGUGUUUUGUCAGCUCUCGUCCCAGCUUCCCAGGCGCGAGUGUUUUCAGUUGGGAAUUCUCCGAAGGCUAAAGGGCCAAGCAAACAUUGAGUCUCUGCUGCUGUUGCUGCUUUGCUCCUACACAAUAAAACAUAUUUUUACUCUGGCAUGUCGCCCCUUGAAUGUAAAAUAUUUAAACAGCGUUGGAAUUUAAAUCUGAUGUUCAAAAAAUGUUUUAUUAUUAUCAUUAUUAUUUAAAAAAAGGAAACCCUUGUUACGUUGUCAUAUAUUGUUUGGUAUGAGAAUCAGACUGGGUUAAUCUAAUGAAAUAAUCUUGUUUGUUUUGUUCUCUUCAUUACUGGUGUUUUGGGAAUAUUCAUCAUCUGUGCUUUAUUGGAUUCCAGCUCAUCAGCUCCACACUUGACAGACAAGCGCCUAGCGUGUUAGUCGUUAGCAUGGAGGCAACGAUGUUAAAAGGAGAUCGCGCCUCUUGUUCGUUGUCUUGUUUGUGUCAGCUCAACCCUCCAACAUAAUCACCCACCCUCCCACCCAUCAACCAACCCUCCUCCAGCCCCCCUCCGGGCUCCUGUUUUCUCUUUGCCAUUAAAUUGUGAAAUCUACUCACUGUGUUGCCAGCCUGAUCCCACUCAAGCUGCGUAAUCUCCUUGUAAUAGAGUGUGAAUACUGCCCAGCAAUAAAUCAGCACCUCAUCAGUGCACUUUAUUAAAUAUAGACACCAACAGACAGCUCUUAGUAUAUUCAAUUUACUCUCUGACGUAGGCUUCAACACAGAAGAUAAAGAUAGAUUGAGCAAUCAGGUGGAUGCUGAGGCCUGAACCUCAGCAGGAGGAAGACAGAAAAGCUGCAGGGAGAUUGAGAUGGGGGCGUUUUCGGAGGCAGACAGGCAGGAGUGUGCUGGGCCAGCAGAGGGACAUCUGCCAAGCAGGGUGGGGGGAGGGCUUUGUUUAGUUACUGUGACACAUGAGCAGGUACAUCCAGCAUCACAAUUAUAAGAGUGUAUUAUUCACAUUGCCACAUCCUUUAAAACUAUAGCAUAUGUGUGGAUCUUUUUUUAAUAUAAAAUUCUAUGCAGGAAGAUGUAAAUGCUGAUACGCCUUUAAGUGAUCGUCAGCAGAGCGCCAUCCCUCAUUAACCAGUGUUGCUUGAUGGCAGUGCCGAUAAAUUACAUGUAAUUAUGGCAGUGAUUUAAGUCUGAUUCGUCCUGGUCUUUGGGGCUAAACAGAGACAUGUACUGUCAGUAUUGGGCAGUGGGCCCCCUGAGACGGCUAAAGACUUCCCCGUCAGGUCACAGGGUCAUAGGGUGCAGAUUAAAACAAGGGGAUUACUGUAUUUAAGGUUCUUCAACCUCAUAAUGUUCACAGGCUACUGGUCAAAUCACCCAUUCCCCAGCUACUUAGCAUGGGAUAAUGGACUGGUUAUCAUGUUGGAAGAAGGCAGAUAACCUACCCGCCUGAAAGUCAGAGCUGUAGCCUUACAAAAGAAAAAAGAAAAAGAAAACAAGAUUAAUUUCCAGUCAUCAACCUUUUUUUUUUUUUUUUUUUUUUGUACAAGUCACUUUCAUUUGUAUUGACAUUUUUUUUUCUCUGUAUGAAAACAACGUUUCUGUCAUCAAAUCAGCGUCCUCAAAGAGCUUGCGGCAACCUACCUGUAUGUGUUUUACACGUGGCUCGACUUCAGGUCAAAUUAUUUAUGUCAAGCGCAGCAAUUUGUUACCAAGCUGCUAUUGAUUGUGUCCUCCUGACGCUGUCAUGUAAAUUCAAGAAGAGUCAUGGUCCAACGCUGCACACACAAACAGAUCCGCACUAAAAGCUUACACACGCACACACACAUACACUGUUGUGAAGCCGGUGAAAAUUGCCCUUUAUUCCUGCAUCAGUUAUACAUCUUUCACAGUAGUGUGUCACUCUGCCCGAUCAGAGGAAUCUAUUCAAAUCAGAGGUGCAUACAUCUUCCUCUCGUCCUUUUUUUUCUUUAAAUAUAAAGCUUUGAUAUAGAAUAAGCUUAUGGCAGCACGAUCUUUCAGCUCGGUUUGAGGUUAGGGGAAAAAAAGACGUACUGAACCCCCGGGGUCCUGUUAGGGGCAGUUUUACUCCAACUGGAGCUUGGAGAGCACUUGACUUGGCUGAGGUGAGAUUGCCGCUGGGCAGGAGUCUUCGGGGCCUGCUUGUCCUUCUGAUAGCCAGCCGUGAUAGAUCAGCCGCUGUCCAGCCAGAAUUACUCUCUUUCCUCUUUCUAUCUCCCUCUUCCUUUUCCCCUCAUGCUCUGAACUCCUUUUUUUUCAGCUCGCUUCUCUCUUCCUUAUCUCCUUCCUCUCUGGCCCAUAUCUCCUCCUCUCUUUUAUCCUCCAUUUCUCUCCCUCUCUUGCCGUUUUUUUCUCUCACUCUCCUCUCCCUCCCUCAGUCUGCUCUGUUGUCUGAUUGAGGGUGAGUUACGAGGGGGCUGCAGCUGGAGGGGGCCACCGUGCCUCGUAAUUACAUCUCUUUUUAUUACCCGCGCUAAUGGCCCUCGGGGAGAGGGAAACAAUAAUAAAUUAAUAGAAUAUGAACUCCAGCUCAACAAAAAUCUCCAGCAUUUCAUUUUGGACCGUCCUGAGCUCUGGCAGAUGAAACGGCGCUCUGAUUAAUCUCUGCGAGGGGUUUGAAGCAGCCGUCUGUGGGUUUGGGCUGCCCCCUCCUGCACACAGCCGAGGGCUUUUGGGGAGAUAAAGGCAGAGAUGAUGGUUUUGGCUUCUGUUGAUGGUCUUUAGUGGUCUUGUUUUCACCCUUUGAGCCAUGAAUGAUGAUGUGCUGAUGCACUCUGUGGAUACUAAACUGGUCUGUCGUUUUAUUUCUUUGUCACCUAUAUUUAAUUUUGCUCCUUUGUCUCCUCUAAACAGAACAUAUCUUUCUUUAGUAUUCUGAAAGUGAAAAUUAAGGCAUGUGCUCACAGAGAGAAGAGAGUGCUUAAGUCAAAGUGAACAAAGACAAUCUCUGCAUUGUUAUUAACUCAGUAUACAAAGACUUUCUGACAGAAAUCUGCCAGUGAAGUGGAAAAGGCCCUUCAAACGUGUAGACAGGUCUCUCUGAUUUGGUCAAUAUUGUGUCAUGUUUGGUCAAACCCCGCCAAGGUAGUGGGCUGGAAAUGAAGAUGUAAAUAUUGAUAUUUCAUUAGAGGAAAUCACCCACUCCGACGGCACUUAACCGGGCCACCUUCAGAGUGCGGCGGCCGGAGCGCAGUGUGACCUGCGGAGUCGGGAAGUCACUUCAUUACUCGAUUAAAUUGAGUGGAAAAAGGCGAGGCAACGACACGAGAUCCCAUUUGGAGCGAUAAUUUAGGCCCUGAAGAGAGGGGAUGGAAGCCAGGGAAAAACACCACCUCUCCAUCUCACAACACUGGAUUAAAUUCAAGGACUUUUAGCGUCAAAGGUAAUUGUAGGCUGCUGGGCUGCAUGUGUGCAUAUGGCUGAGAGGUGUCUGCUGUACGAGAACGACUCUAAAGCCUCUCAAACAAGCCCUGAACAAGGCCUUCACACGGGCUGUCACAUUGGGAGCAGCGCUUUAGUUCCGCUUCAGUCCUCCUUGGCAUUAAAAGGCUAGACAAAGCCUCGCCUGUGAUUGUGAUGCCAACCUGAUGCGGCAAUCAAGACCACGUCCACGCUUGCAUGACAAUUUCCCUCCGGCCAGUCCACAUUCUGUCCGACUUAAUGGCCACGUAUGCAGACAAGGAAAUAACACAAGGGAAGAUUUUAAGAUGCAGUCUGGAUAUGUGUAAUGGCACAGGCCUUCACAAAAUAUGGCUUAUUGCCUCAGCUGAUAAUAGCUGAGUGUUUGAGUGCUUUCAGCAGUUUGCUUUGUUGGGUCUAAUUUGGGCUCUUCAGACCUCUGACCAGUCCAAAGAGGCCCCAGCACCUUCCUGUUAGCACCCUAUUCUAGUGACUAUUGAUUCCCCUUCAAAAUGUGAAGGCCCUCACAUUCUGAUCCCAAUCUGUUAAUUAAUGUAUCCGCCAGCUCUUCCCCUGCAGUGGUCAUCACUACGAUAAGGGAAAUUGAACACUCAGGUGCUCCUCUCUCUGGCUCUUCUUUUCUCUCAGCCCGUCUCUCUCUGCACCUUUUUCUUUUGCACUUUCUUCUCAAGCUCCCUCAUCAUGUCUACUGUUAUGCCCGCACUUCUGUAUUUGUGUGUGUGUGAGAGGAGAUAAACAUCAUUCUAGCAUGGGAUCAUUUAUAUUUAAGAGGAAAUGUGUGCCAUAGGUGCAGUCAGCGUCCUGGUCAGUACAGUAAUCUGUCGCCUCUUAAUCACGCCGCGGCAGGAAGAAAGGCGGCAGCAAACUUGUAAAAGCAAUCUUAUUAAUCAGGGGACGGGCUGAGGAGCCUAAUAUGCUGUCAGAAUGGGCCGCCUGCAGGCACACAGUGCAGGAGGGGGGUUUGUGGCAGAUAGAGGGGAAAGAGUGAGGGGGGUUCAUGCAGUUUAUUGACAGCUGAAGGGUAGUAUGUUGGAAAAAGGAUGAGAUCAGUAUCUAUCAACUAUCUGCCACUCACGCUCUCUUUUUGAGUUCCUCACUGGACAUUUUUUAAGUUUGUUUUCUAUUCUGAGUGCAUGCAAGAGCUGUUGAAGGAGAAAUGACAAAGAUUUGAUGUGUCGAAGCUCAUCCAGCUGCUGUUGGAAUAAGGCUCUGGAUUUAAGCUGGUCUUGAACCAGCUGACCCUGGCGCUCCGUCUGCGUGUUCUUUUAUGUGCGUGGAUUUAUGUACAUAUGUGGAGGUAUCAUGAUCCUCAUGUGCACACGUGUGUCUGUCUGUUUUCUUCGUCAACACACGUUUGCGCUUGUUGCUAUGUGUGUGAGAGCGUGUGCGUGCUCCCUCAUCACCAUCUCUUGCUACACAGUGCAUGUCAUGUCCUCCACCCUCCAAUGAGAAUGUGUCUUGGUGCUAAUCCCCCCUCACACCAAUAGAAGUGUGACAGGAUACAAAGGGGUAACCACAUGGCUUUGUGUAUGCCGGACCUUUGCACCGAUUUACUGUCCUCACUUACAGUAAAGCCCACUCAAGUGCUGUGACACAGCUUCAAAGAGGACCUUCCGCCGUGCAUUUAACAUUAAACACCACUUGUUGACAUGUGCCUUAGCGUGUACUCCAGGGCAGGGGCUCUACAAGUCAUGCUUGGUUCAACCUAAAGUGCUGUAUUUUGUCUACUUUUCAAUACUUAAUUUUAUUCUUUAAUGUUGGAAAUUGUGUAGGAUGAUCGUUUUGUUUUUAAAUAUGAACAAUACUCCUCGCUCUAUACUCCUUUUUACUCACCGUCAUUGUUUUCUCGACUUUGUCCUUGCAGGUUUCUCUUCCCUCUCUCUGGGGGAUCAGAUGAGUUUGCUGCAGAGCGCCUGGAUGGAGAUCCUCAUCCUCAGCAUCGUGUUCCGCUCGCUGCCGUACGAGGACGAGCUGGUGUACGCCGAGGACUACAUCAUGGACGAGGAGCACUCGCGGCUGACGGGCCUGCUCGACCUCUACGUCUCCAUCCUGCAGCUGGUCCGCAAGUGCAAGAAGCUCAAAGUGGAGAAGGAGGAGUUUGUCACCCUAAAGGCCAUCGCUCUCGCCAACUCAGGUGGGGUUUCUUCUGCACAUGGACACACCAUAAAUAACAUUCAGGUGUCAUAAUUUUUAAUAGACACUAAUUCUGUACACAUUUCAAUUAACACUACUUGAUAUUUUUACAACCUUGAGUUUUUAUUUUAAGUAUUUGAAACUUCUUCGUGUCUGCAAUAAAAAAAAUAACUUUUUGAACAAAUCAGAGCAGAAAAAAUAAACUUAAAAACAAGGUGAAAAUAUGUAUCGAUUUAAAGUUACUUACAGUGGAAAAAAACAUUUAGCCUCUAUGCAAAUAAAUCUUUAGUCUUUUAGCUUUUACUGAAUAAUAAUGUGUUUUUUUUUCUAUUUCAAUUUCCCCCCUGCAGUUCUUCUAAAUAAUGAUGAUAAGAUGUUGUGGUGGGUGAAAAAUCUGAAAGUUGUAUUGUAAUUUUUUUUAUAAAUUAAGGUAAAUAAUGAUUAGUAAAUUUGUUGGUUUUGUUGGCUUAAAUAUCAAAUUUUAUGACAUGAAUACGUUUUUUUUAAAAUCAAGACUUUAGAUGAAAAUGUUAGACCUCCCUCCUCGGACAUUUUCAUUCUUCCCUGCCUGUCCCUCUGACUAAUGCACUCUGGACGGUAUAAUAUCCAGAAACAGUCAGAUAAUGUCUGACACAGUUCCAGAAGUGACAUUUCUUAGUUUUUCCGGAGUUUUUCAGCGUAACCUUUAGUUUGGAGCGUGGGAUGGAGAGAUGGAGCACGGAUAAGGGCAGUGUGUGAGCGGGGAAAAAGAGAGAUGGAGGAGUGAGCAUUUUUAAUUGAACACCUUCUGUGUUGUGGUAUUUCUCCUGCCCUCCCUCUACCCCCCCUCUCUUUCUCUAUCUCCAUAACAGUAGCUGCAGGGCACAGCAGCCACGGGAGAUAAAUUUAGCAUUUCAUUAGGAGCACAGGGGCUGUCAAUAAAAUGUGUUAAGUCGAAUGGAAUGAGUAUCAGGGAGUGAUAGGCCUCGUUUGUUCCGAUGCCGAGACGGCACGCUGCUAUCGACAGGCUCCUUUUGAGGAGGCAGGACCUGUCCUGCUCUGAUCAAUGCACGCCCGGGUCACUGGGCCGCUUUCCCUUGUUUUGUCCCCGGCUGAAAAAUGAAAAUGCUGAUGCUGGACCUUUGCUUUCACACGACAGGGCUUUGGGAGGGAGGGGGAGAGAGGAGAGCUGGGGGUCGAGGAAGGGGAGGAGGAGGGUGUCCAGAAUGUUAGAACAAGGUCUCAGGGAGAUCGCUCUCCCGGGAGCGCCUCUGUCUGACAGCUGUGAAAAUUCAUAGCCAUUGAUUUUGUAAUUAGCAGUUUAUCAAUCGGAUCGACAUGGGCUCACUGAUGGAUUGCGAGGAAAUUGUUUCUUCAAAGUUGUUUUUUUAGGUCCACCCCUCCUCCAAGGAUUACAAGCUGCGUGCUCGUUGUCUCAUGCCCUGUUUUCCUACUCAUCUGUGUAGUUAUCACUGCCUUUCUAUUUAUUUUUAUCCUUUUUUUUUCGCUGCAAAUGAAAUCUGAAGCUAAUUUUUGCCAGGAUGUUAACAGAAAGAUUAUUUUGAUUUGUUAAAAUGCGUCAGGUUAGGUCUUGAAUCCAGCCUCUGUAAAAAGAACAAGAGAUAAUUAUGUCACACCAUAUUCUCAUCUGAGAUUUUUUUCACUUUUUGCCUUUUGUUCUUCCAUCCUCCCCCCCUCACCCCCCUCCUUCACCCUCCCACAUUCACUUUACAAAACGACCUACUUCAUUUUACCACUGUGGAUUUGAAAACCGUCAGGGUGAGAAAUGUCUCAAGGUCUUGGGAAUACAGUUGUUCCAGUCAAUGAAUUUGGGGCGAAGUCUGAAAUCUGUUUUGCCUUUUAUUGUCCCGUGUGGUAAAAUAUGCACCGCCAAGGUGAGACGAGUCAGGCAGCCAAUGACACGCCGCCUCCGGAGUGCCAGACACCGGUUAACUGGUGAGAGAAAACGGCGACCCCCAGGCUGUCCCUGAGAGAGGCUGGGAGGUAGAAACAGAGGUAGAGGAAGAAGGGAAUGAGAGCGACUGAAACAUAAUGUUCAGUGGAAUCAGUAAAAAACGGUGGCAGUACGACAAACAUUAUAAGAGCGAAGUCACACACAAGGGGCGAGGACUGGAACUAGAAAAUGCUCCAGAAUCAGCCAGGAGGAUGGGGGAAUUUAGGCUGAAUGAAUCUGAAGAGUCUUGGCUGUUUAGUUCACAUUACAAAAAUAAAAGAAAGAGGACCUUCUGUGAGGAAAGAAAAAUAAGACACAACUUAAACAGGAAAAUUUUGCAUUACAGUUUUUAAGAGCUACAUUUAAUACCAGGCUUUUAUGAUGUACUUGAAAAAAACCUCCCAAUUCCUUUUAAGGACAGAAGGAAGUUAAAUUGAAAGAGGUGUUUCUUUUCUAAAGGAGCUCCCUCUUUUUAAUCUUUCUUCUUUUUUUCUUUUUGAAAACUGUCGCUGGAGCAGCGAGGACUUUAAUGUGCACUCACUCAGCCCAGAUUGGGUGCUAUUCAUGCCAUUGUUACUGGAGGAUAGCAUUGAUUUUCAGUCUCACUGGUCAAGGGCCAUAUGAAUACCCCACCCAUUCGCCCACAGAUUAAAUAUAUAAAUAAAUAGAAUAAAGCAGAUGUUGUUUUUUCUUUUUAUGAUCCGUUCUUUAUCUUGUCAGGGUGUGAGUUAUACUGAUAAUGUUCUUUCUAGCCAGCAGCUUCUGACAAAGCAGUAAAGAUCAGUCAUGAUAUUUAAUUUUGCUUUAGAAAAAUCCAUUUAACAUCACCGCUGUUCUGCUGUAAACUACAGAAACUUUUGAGUUACUUUUUUCAUUUCUAUAUUUGAAAACCCAUCCCUUACUCUUCUGCCGACAGACUCUAUGCACAUAGAGGACAUGGAGGCGGUCCAGAAGCUCCAGGACGCGCUGCACGAGGCCCUGCAGGACUACGAGAGCAGCCAGCACCAGGAGGACCCACGGCGGGCGGGCAAGUUGCUCAUGACGCUGCCUCUGCUGCGGCAGACGGCCACCAAGGCUGUGCAGCACUUUUACAGCAUCAAGGUGCAGGGCAAAGUGCCCAUGCACAAACUCUUCCUGGAGAUGCUCGAGGCCAAGGUCUGAUCAAGGGAGGGGAUACAUCUAGAGACUUGAACCAAGCCAGGAGAGUGAGACCCCCCGCUGACUGAAGCAGGACAAAGACCAAGCUCUUUUACUCCUACCCCUGGAACCCUGGACUCUAAUUAAAAAAGAACAAAUGCAAAACUUGGUUAUUAGUAUAAAUAUAAAAAUGAUGCAGAUUAAUUUAAAAUAUAUAAGAAAUACUAUGUACAGUAAUAAUUUUUUUGUUUUUUGUUAAUUGUCAGUUGUCAUGCUGUAAAUGUAGAAGGACCCUGCUGCCCCUCAGCAUCCUCAGAACAAGUAGUUGCCAGAUCUUGAUAACAAGAAAAAGCGUUUUCUUUAUAAACUGUUCUGAAGAAGGCUGAGGUGUUGACAUCCAUAAACAGACUCACUUGUCUCAAAGCUGUGUGUUUCCCUGGACUUUACCAGGAUAUGUACAUAUUUAUUAAUGGACGACUGAGUGUACAGUUCAAAGUCUGGUGACCUUGGUGGCCAUUUUUCUUGUUCUCCUUCUGGAAAAAAAAAAUGACCUAAAUGUGAACUCUUAUCAGUUUAAAUGUACUUGGAUAUACCUCUCAGAGCAGUAAGCCGUGUGAUCUUUGUGGAUCUGUCUCAGACUGGAAGACUUGCUGGUCCCAUGUUUAACCAAACUAGCAUAGGCAGGUACAAAUAGUCCGUCAUCUUAUUCUGUAGUAACACAGCAAUAAAAGGAGCUGUAGGCAAAACAGGUUUAACCUCCAGUCGUUCAUGUGCUUUUCAACACUGCUGUCGCUGUAAGACCGUGCCUGUGAGUCUCAAUCCCACCAGUUUGACACACCACUGCACUGCUGUUACACACUAGUGUUCCUCCCCUCCUUGUGUUGGUGCUCUUCAUGCAAUCCAUUGAACCCCAAAUUUGGUCGUUGUUUAAGCCCGUGGAAUUGCCUCUUGGCAUGCAAAUAGAUGACCUGAUUCACGCUAGGUGAAAGAUGAUCAGCAGGUUUGGCGUUGGCAGUAUCAAAGGAUUUAUGCGGAGUGGCAUACAUCCAGGAGAUUCCAUGUUCAAACAAUCAGAGGCCCAUAUGUCAACCGCUCUAUUUUGGGCCCCUUUAAGCCCGUGGCAGAGUCAUCACACACACAGGGAGCAAGGUGCCCAGCAUCUGCUCUCACCAUUUUAGACACCUCCCUUCUUUUAAUAGCUGCGCCCGCAUUUAUAGAGCUUCAACCAAACGGAGGUAAACGGCAGGUGCAGAGCGGGAGUGGUGGCACUUCACACUGGGUUUAUUUUUAACCCAGCGGGAGGUUGUUGUCUGUGCAGCCUCCCUCCCUCCAGGAGUACAGUAGACACGUGAAUCACUUCUUCUUGACCUCAUGUUGACUCAGUGGCCAGUGCAGAGCAGAGUAACACCCUCCACACCAGCCAGGAGGCGGGCGGGUAUCUGCGAGGAGCCCUCAGGAUGCCCAAGCAUGCACAUGUGAAUAGCUAUGCAAGAAAUCAAGUGUCAGCAGCAACAAAACAGUGUGUCAGUACAAGGUGUGAUCUCUGGUGGGAGACACAGAUCUCCCUCUCUCUGUAUUCAGCUCCAUGUCCACUGCGCUGGGUGUGAGUAACACUGUAGCCCGCUCCACUCGUUUCCGUGUGAGGGGGGGUGUCGGAGGUGAAUGCUUAUACUACUGAAGGAUUUUAUGUGAUGUGAUAAAUUGUGGCGCUGUCACAACAAUAUGAUACUGUGAUCAAAGGAAUCCCUGACAUUGCAGUAGGGUUGAGUUGCCACCAUGCUUGUGAUAUCACUAGCUAGCACUGAUCCUGCAGCUUGAUUGGCCACUUUAUGGAGGCUGCCCAGACCCACUCCAGCACCCGAUCACUGCGACUUAAAAGAAACCACUGUUCAGUUAAGAAGCUCUGCUGUAGAGGGUGACAGUAUAACUUGAGUUAUUUAACUGUUGUGCAAUACAACAGGGACCAAUUCUGACUGAAACCAUGCUCAAGGCAUGCUUUUACUUAGAUUUGGGAGAUUUACGUGCUAGGAAGCAAAAUAAUCUAAAUCCCUCUAACCACAAAAAUGAAUCGUGUGAAUCUGAAGAUCUGAUUUGCUCCUCUGAUAAAAGACUUUUUUGCUUCUUUGAAUAAGAGUGCAGUAUAAAUAAAAAACUUUUGCAGAAAAUCUUUACAACUAGAAUUUUGUAGUGGCCCAACGUGAUCAGCCAUAACAAUCAUAAACAACGGGAGUCCUCUUUAUCUCCCUGUUCUUCCUCUUUCCUUUCAGUAUGGCACUGUGUUACGCAAAAGAGAACAUGUCUUACAUUACAAGCUGUGUUUAGUGUGUAAAUAUAUAAGCGUUGAUACAGUAGGUUGCCGAAAUACCAUUGAAAAUAAAGUAUGCAGCGCCCUGCUGACUACUACCUCAUUAUAAUAUUGUCAAUAUUUCACUGAUUCCUCACAUCAUCCUCAUGUGUGCGUGUGUGUGUGUGUGUGAGAUAGAGAGAGACAUACCUGAGCCAUCCCUGUUUUUACCCCACACACUGCUCUCCCCUCAGUGCUCCUGCCAAAACAUUUGUAUUGUAGUUAUCAAUCUGUUCCCAUUCAUUCUUUAUUGAUCUGUUUGUAAAGGUAAAGCAUGCUACACGUCGAUCACAUGACUUGGCCACCCCCCUCUUUUUGGUAACAAAGCGGGUACGUGUUUUUAUGAACAUCAGUGUGUCAGAAUUGGUCCCUUGAUUGAUAAGUUGCAGACAGAGGCAGGUGACUGAUUUCCUGCGUCUGUGCUCUGAGUAUUUAUGGUGUGAAAUAUAUCAUUUGGCAAUGGUGUACAUUGAUAUCUCUGAUCGUUAAAUCACCAAUAUCUGUGUAACUUUUACGUUUUGAUUUUCAAAAAGGUAAAGGAUCAAUGAAUUAAAUACUCCCUGAACUCUGUGA